AUGCAGUGGGUCACAAAGAGAAGGGGUGAAGGAGGAGACACAGGCAAAGAAUCUCACAUGUCUGCCACCUCCUUGCCACUGACAUAUAUCGCAUUUGCCUCCCUCUUCUUCAUUCUGGUUUCCAUCACUACCUUUUGCCUGGAGACCCAUGAGAGAUUUAAUCCCAUCGUUAACAAGACGGAGACGGAAAUUGUUGGGAAUGAUACCCACGUGCGCAUCUACCGGGAGGCGGAGACAGAGGCCUUCCUAACCUACAUUGAAGGGGUCUGCGUCGUUUGGUUUACUUUUGAGUUCCUAAUGAGGGUCAUUUUCUGCCCGAACAAGACGGAAUUUAUCAAAAACACCUUGAACAUCAUUGACUUUGUGGCCAUUCUGCCUUUCUACUUGGAGGUUGGACUCAGUGGCCUGUCUUCCAAAGCUGCUAAGGACGUCUUGGGCUUCCUGCGGGUCGUCCGAUUCGUACGAAUCCUGCGAAUUUUCAAGCUGACCCGCCACUUUGUAGGGCUGCGGGUCUUGGGUCAUACCCUCCGUGCCAGCACAAACGAAUUCUUGCUGCUCAUCAUCUUCUUGGCAUUGGGCGUCUUAAUCUUUGCCACAAUGAUCUACUACGCCGAGAGAAUAGGUGCUAAACCCAAUGAUCCUAGUGCCAGCGAACACACACACUUUAAAAACAUCCCCAUUGGCUUCUGGUGGGCUGUAGUCACCAUGACUACCCUGGGCUACGGAGACAUGUAUCCUCAGACUUGGUCAGGCAUGCUGGUGGGGGCCCUCUGUGCUCUUGCAGGCGUGCUGACCAUUGCCAUGCCUGUACCCGUCAUUGUGAACAAUUUCGGAAUGUAUUACUCCUUAGCUAUGGCUAAGCAGAAGCUACCAAAGAAAAAAAAGAAGCAUAUCCCACGGCCGCCCCAGCCGGGAUCCCCCAAUUAUUGUAAAUCUGUCAUAAACUCUCCACACCACAGUACUCAGAGCGACACAUGCCCACUCGCCCAAGAAGAAAUGUUAGAAAUUAACAGAGCAGGUAGGAAACCUCUUAGAGGAAUGUCCAUCUGACCUUUAACCUCCAUCCUUUGUAGAGAUUGAAAGAUUCAGUCAGACUGCUUUCUUAGCGCAAUGGGUAGCACAUUAUCCCAUUACUGUCCCAC